UUGGGUCAAUGCCCCGUGCCUCCAAUUUCUCACUGCCGCAAGAAACGCCACAAGAAACUUCAUUCCAAUACUUUUCUCGAAUACUGAGACUCUCGUGUGAACAACGAAAUGUUCGAUCGUACUUGAAAUUAGAAAUCGGCGGAUAUGGACGAAACCGCCGAGACGACGAUGCCUAAUUGGGUCAACGACAGCGCGAAGGUUGCCGGAGAGAGAACCGAUGACUUCGGCGACGAGGAUGAGGAUGAGGAUGAGGACGAGGAAUGCGACGGCGAUGAAGAGGCUUGGAACAUACUCACUCGGAGUUUCCGGCAGGCGCAGACGGUGCUGGACGAAAACCGUGCGUUGAUCGAGGAAGUGAACAGCAACCACGAGUCGAAGAUUCCUGACAACAUGAUGAAGAAUGUUAGCCUCAUGACUCAGAUCCACGGCAACAUCUCCAAGGUUCGCUCUAUCUACUCCGAUUUAUCUGUGAAUUUCUCCAACAUUGUUCGACAGCGCCGCGUCGCCGCCGUGAACCACCGCAAUCGCGAUGGGGACUGUGAAGAGGAUGGAGAUGAGGCGGAGAACCCGGAGGAUGAUUCAACGGAGGACGUGUCGGAGAAAUCGGAGAUGGUUGAAUUGAUAGAUCCAGGAAUGUAUAGAACAUCAUCCACCCGCAGAAAUGAGGAGGCCCUGCGGUACUGUGAAGCAGGGAAGGGGAAAGGGGACAGGACAAGGAUUGAACAUGUAUGUCGUGUUUCACAAUGAUAAAGAUUAUAACGGCCAGUAAUGUCAGCUAUUGCUCAUUGUUUCAUGUCUUUGUUAUUGUUGUUAUUAUUCUUUAUUCCAUUAUGUUGAUGAUGCAUAGAUAGUUCUUGAGGUUAAUGGUUGAUUAUGUCGAUAUCAGUUCAGAAAUCCGCCAUCAAAUAUUUAAGAAGUGCUUCAAUGAAAGCAAAACUAGUUGUUUCUGGGGGGUUUCGUGAAGUGAAUAGUGGCCUUUAAUUUAAAUCAUCUGUUUCUGGACUAUAA